ACAGAAAUCAAAGGCAGAAGAGAAAAUCAAGUCUGGUAUUUGAAAAUAUCAAAACUGGCACUGGCUUUUGCAAUUAUCCACUCGAAACCACCAGGCAAGAGCUGUAAAGAAUAUACUGAGCAUCUUGCCAAAAUUGUAUCUGAACAAGAUUUUGGAUGGAAGUCAAAAGUUGAAGCACUGGAAGCUGAAGUUCUUCGAUUACGUCAGGAACUUCUUUUGAACAAGAUCUGUCCAAGAUUCUGCUUGGAAAACAGAAAACCAGGUGCCUCUACUGAAAAUCUUCUGGUUCAGGAAUGCACAUACCCUAUGAGUUACUCAAGCCAGCUAGAAGACUCUGGGUGUGAUGUAUCUAAUGACUAUACAUUUGAUUCUUUAGACAUAGCUUCUGAUUUUCAGCAAUCUGAGCGUAGUCUUGACACUUCCAAAUAUUGCUUGGAAAUAGUUCCUCCAUUGAAUAUUUGCUGUACUAACAAGGAAGAACCUCUGACUGCUCCAGUACAGUUUUUGCAACAUCUGCUUGAAAUAAGAAAACUGUCAGAAAUAGGAAUUCUGCAAGCAGACUUCACAAAGCUUGAAAAUGAUUCUUUCACCAUAUGCAGUUCUGUGUCUCAGUUGCUUGAUGGACUGACUGUUUUUUACAACAGUCCUAAAUUUCCAGUUUCAGAUAUUCUCUCUGAAGCAAUUUGUGUUUUGAUCAGUUUAAUAGCUGAUACUAAGUUAUCUAAUCAUGUUCUGAAAAAGUGUUUCAAGAAGCUGGAAGAAUUUAAGAAAAAAUUAAUUCAAAUUAUUUUGAGAAACAGCAGUACCAAUAGGUUUCAGGCACUGUAUGCUGUAUCCCACAUGCUUGUUUUGCUAGGAAGGAACAACAUACUAAGAAAUUCUUUAAUAUCUCUCCUACUCUCAGAAGUGCAUCAGUUUGCUGAGCUGCUGUGGCAAGCUCACCAGAUCCAGGCCAUGUAUGACAUUACCCAGUAUGAGAAUAUUUUUUCUCUGUUCAUGAUUCUGGAACAACUUCUUCAAAGUGAGACAGAAGAAAGUAACAUUUCAAGCUCAGAGUAUGAUAGGGAAGAAAGAAAGAAAUUUCUGAAGAACCUUGAUCAAAUUAUUCUUCACCUUUCAGAUGAAUUCCCUUUGUUUUCUUUAUAUUUAUGGAGAGUCAGUGUUCUUUUGAACUCAGCUCAAAUACAAACUGAUUAA